CGACAAUUCGCCUCACCUGUAGUUUUUCUAGACCUCAAAAUCGUGCAAACAUCUGCUCCUUACCUUUACCUGGUGCUCUGCUCGCCUCGUUAUGUCAUAACUUCCAGAAAACACCUUCGCGCUGCUCCCCCACAACAGGCAGCAGAGCUUCAGCACAUCCCACCACCGAGCUCCGCCUUCUCCAGUCAACAGGACACAACACCACACACCUCCUUCCUCAGCAGCUCGAAAAUUCUCCGGGCCAGCUCUUUCCCACCAUGGCGGAUUCUCUCAGCAUCUGCUUCAGCUUCGAGCCCACUUCCCCAAACAUAAAAUCAAACCUAGACCUUGACCGUCAUAUCCGCAGUCAUGUCGCUGCGGUGUCGCAUAUCCCCAGUAGUGCUUUUCUGAAGAAUAUCGACACUCCGCAGGACUUUCUAGAGAUCCUCAACCCAUCCGUCAACAGCAUACCCUAUGCCUACACCCUACUUCACCGCAUCCAGACUCACGACUGGCCGAAGGGGCCCAAGUCUGUCCCCGAUACCUUCAGACCUGGCGGCGGAUCGUGGGGCAAGCUAGUGGAGUUUUUGGAAUCCUUCGAUCCUGUCCAGAUGCGAUACAUUGGCGAUGUAUGGAGGAGGCUGGUGGAGUACUGCGACCGGGUUGCUAGAGCUAUGGGCACGCCCGGAAUAGCCAUCUCCCCCGUUCGAUCCGCUAUGCUGCAGCUAGAUCCAUCCACCGGAACGUUCACCUCGAAUCAUCUGCUGUUCAUGAGGACCUGCCUGGAAGCUGGGUCAUAUACUGCCGCUCUCCCGAUCCUCGACAACUACAUCUACAACCUACCCCAGAAUAUAGCAAAAGCCCUAAUCGAGAUUGAGGGCUCGGUGCCAUGCGCCGAGACGUCCACCAGCAGCGACUUCAUCACCACGCGAUCAGGACAUUCGGAGAAGAUCACGCUUGCGGACUUGCACGAAUACUACAUGCUAGGCGCUAUUGCAUACAUUGGAGCACGCAAGUUCAAGCAAGCUUUGCUCUUCUUGGAACAUAUCCUCAUCACACCGUCGGCGAAUAUUGCGAAUGGCAUAAUGUGGGAGGCAUAUAAGAAAUGGGUGAUUCUAGGUUGUCUAGUGAACGGAGCGCCAUCGGCCACUCCAAAAACCGCCAACUCCAGUGCGAUGAAACAGCUCCGCGCCGCUUCCAAGGCGUAUGAUGCUCUUACAGAGGCUUUCCAGAUGCACGGCCCGAAGCUGCGAGCUCAAGCGGAGGUUGGCGUGCAGACGUGGGCUGAGGACGGAAACACAGGCCUUGUUAGCGAACUAGUUGACCACCAGAUGAGACUGGCGGUGAUCAAGCUAAAGGACACAUAUUCAGCCAUACCGCUCACGCACGUGGCCAAGUUUCUCGGCUUCUCUAUGCAAGAGGCGGAGGCGUACAUAAGAAACCUAGUGGCGAGAGGUUAUCUGAACGCAAGCUUGGACCAUACCCCAGGGCCGAAUGGAUCGCUGGUCCUUCGAUUCUACACAGACCCCACCGAGGGACCGCUGGCCAAGAGCGAGAAGGAGCAGUAUCUGGAGCUCCUGCAGCAGACAGCGCAGACGAAUAAGCUCGCGGAACAGGUCAAGGCGGCCGACUAUCGAUUGAGCCUGAACAAGGACUACCUGGAGCACGUGCGGCGGCUGAACAAGAAGGCGGCGGCUAGCGCAGCGGCGGGCGAUGCCAUGGACGUUACCUGGGACGACGCCGAACCGGAAGAGGACAUUAUGGGCGACCUGAUUAUGUAAGUGCGCGGCGGAGCCAGCGGUAUCCUGGAAGCAUUGCGAUGGAGUUCUGGGCGAGUCAAUUGCGGCGACGAGGGUGUCGGUCGGGGGUUUGGACGAUGAGGCACGAGUUGCACGCGGCGUGACGACGGCUGACAGGAAGGGUUGCAGUGAAACGUCUCGAUUCUGGCGUUGAAACAGGACGGCCUGAUUCGCCGGUGGGCGACACUAACACGACACAGAUAUGGAUGUGAUGAGGCUAGGUGGAUGGAAGCAGACACGCGCGAGCGGCCAGGCGUGCUGCAGGUGGUGGGUGGUGGAGAUGGAAAAGAAGAGGCCGCCCUAUCUGGUUGACGUAAUGCAUACUUACCCACCUACGGCCUUGCACAUCUGCCUGGCACUGUCAGAAGCCC